UUCAACUACACAGUUGAAUAAACACAUACCUACCUAUUCGACGAACCUCACACACUUUGAUCUGUGACUCAGGCAAAAAGAUGUGCAGGAGCAAUAAACAUUUCAGAAGGAAAAAACAUUCAGUUCGAAUCGUACAGUGAUGAAAAAAUGUUGUAAAAAUGUUCACUUUUCCUUUGACAUGGGUUUUCUACGUUUUACAGACACUUACUCUAUCUGAGUUUGUAAACGCUAAUUCAGUGAAUGAUCUCCCAUUAGUCUUGAUACAAGAAGAGAAGAAAUUCGUGUACCCCAACAAAUUAGACAAGACGGUUUUCGAAGCCAAUCGAGGAUUCACUGGUGAAACGAAAUUUGCUCAAGAUACGAAUACAAAUCAAGUAUUCUUUUGCCCAGCAGAUAAAAAAAAAAGAAAGAAGUAUAUCGUUGGAUCCAAUUUUCUAUUUUAUCUUGGAGAUUAUUACAGCAACCACAGAGUAGGUUCGUACUGUUUAUUCGAAAAAACAUUCAAACCAAACGAAGUUAUCACAUGCACCGAAGAAGCUAUUCCCGGCAUUUAUAAACAUCAAGUUGGUCAUUUUUUUGAUCAAAACGGCUAUAUCUUUGUGACUAAGAAUGAUCAAACUUGCGGUAGGAAUGGAAACGGUACGCGUUAUAAAUUCGCUUAUGAACUUUGUUUCGACAUCAACAAAUGGGACAAAUUCAAAAAUUCACACAAUCACGAUUUAAGUGAAGUACAAAGAUAUGUUUACAAGAUAAUGAAUAUGUUUUUAAUCACACAACCUGUAUACGAAAUUUGCUACGACAACCACAGUAAGGAGACAUUACACACUAAGCAUGAACUACCAGCGAUUCAGUUACUACAAAAUCAGAAUCUGUCACAUGAACAAGAAAAAAAAUCCGAUAAAAUAGAUGACUAUAUCUACAACAAUUCAGAGUUGAAUUUCAAAAAAGACAUUAAAUUUUACGAGGAAAUGCCUCCGUGGUAUAAGCAACAACUCUUGGUACCACCCGAUGAUAUGAUGACAGCUUUAUUAAAAAAGACUACGAACCAUUACAUCAACAUUAAACCAAUGCACGAAGAAAUAAUCAAAUUGUGGAACUUCAUGGAAAAUUUUUUACGAAGCAACUUGAAAGAACCCAGCACCCCAUACGAAAUAUACACAGGAGCAUUUAAAAUUUCUGCCGAAUCGAAAAAAAACAGAAUACCAGAUUUCUGGAUUAAAGUAUUAUUUCGGCGCGAUAAAGAAGAUUUUAAACUCAGCCAAUCGGUAGCUAUUGUAUUAAGAAACGAAUAUAAAGAAGGCAAACAGUACACCGACACCACAAUGACUGACUUUUGUGAGGAAGACGCAUGCCAAAUUAUAAAAGAUCGCGACAGUGAAAUAAAAGCAAAAUUUUCGAAAUUAUUUGAGCAUGUGCGAUGCUGUCCGGUAAAUAAAAUGAUCAAAAAUUUAUUCCAAGAAAAUUUAAACGAGGGUGUUCUUUUACCAAUUGUUAGAUAUUAAAUUUUUCGAUAGAUAUUAAGCAUUUGAAAAGAUUAUUUUAUGCCACCGAUGUAUAAGAUAGAAACCUCUAUGUUUAUAAUUUUUUAUUAUGCAUUAUUUAAAACUUGUGAUUAGUUUUAUUCCAAGUAAGCGAUUAAAUAGGUAAAAGUAGGUACCUACUAGGUCAAUUUUAUUUGUACGAUCUCGUAACGUAAAAUAUGUACUUACCUACCUAGAUAUCUUUAAAAUAAAUUUUAUUCAUUUCCUUCAA